AACACAACACCGGUUACAGUCAGCAGCGCGCGGAUUGUCAAGUGAACCUACCGAAAGGUGGAGUUGACCGACCGCAGCAGGUUUUCAGAGAGAAACCUGAAAAUUCUCAGCCUCCUUAAAGCAACCACUGACAAUAACGCCGAGUCCUUAAUUCAUUUACAGAAGAGCCAGCGGCGCCGGAGUUAAGACGACAAGACAGAGAGGGGAACAGUAAAACCCAGAGGGAAAAGCGCCCGAACCUUCGCAAUGCUGAAACCCCAGCAGCAACCCGGCUCUGGCGGGAGAAAAACGUCAAACGGAACAUCAGGCCCGGGCGGCAUGUCUUCCCCAGUCAGCGGCAGUCGGACACCGGGUGGAAGAAAUCGACCUUCUGCAAAACCCUCUUUCCAGUCAUCCCCUGUGUUUGAGGGUGUGUACAACAAUGCCAGAAUGCUUCAUUUCCUCACAGCUGUUGUGGGAUCCACUUGUGACAUUAGAGUGAAGAAUGGCAAUGUGUUUGAAGGCAUAUUUAAGACACUCAGUUCUCGGUGUGAAUUAGCUGUGGAUGCUGUACAUAAACGCAGCGAGGAAGAGGGAUCGACAUCAGUUCCACCUCGGAGGGAGGACAUUACAGACACCAUGAUCUUCAGCCCAUCUGAUCUGGUUACAAUGAUCUGCAGGGACGUCGACCUCAGCUUUGCCACUAGAGACUCUUUUACAGACACAGCCAUCAGCUCCAGCCGCAUCAACGGAGAACAUAAGGAGAAGGUUUUACAGAAAUGGGAAGGAGGAGACAGCAAUGGAGAAAGUUAUGAUCUUGACAAUGAUGCAUCCAACGGCUGGGAUGCCAAUGAGAUGUUCCGCUUCAAUGAAGUUAAAUAUGGAGUCACGUCCACGUAUGAUUCCAGCCUCUCAAUGUAUAC